AUGUGGCAAUCAACAGUCAAAAAUCUCGUGCUUUUACUAACGUGUCAACUAUAUUUUAACUCAGUGCUAUGUUCGUCGACUCGCUCUCCACGCUCAUCGUGUCACCUCGAUGAUGUAGUUUAUCACCAAUAUCCUCACACCCAUAAUUCCAACUGUUUAACUUCUGCUACUGAGGCUGUUGUUCCUGUUGGCUCUGAUGCUGCUGCUACUGUUUCUUCUUCUUCAUCUACUUCCAACUUACCCGGACAUUCUGAGCAGAAUUCCGAAUUGUUCGAAGAAUUAGUUGUAGACGCACAACCGUCAUCGUCAUCAUCCCGACAACAAGCAAAAUCCUCAUCGUCAACAUUAGCAUCGUCGUCGUCGAAAUUUCGAGUCAAGAAAGCAUCACGCAAAUCAUUGGAUCGCAUAAAACGACUUAUCAAUCAACAAACUCAAAAGUUUUUUGAUUUAGUCGGUCACUUAUCAGAAUUUUCAUUCAGAGAGAAUGAACAGCAUGCGUCUGUGCUUGAUGAUGAAUUGAUAUUUGAGCGAAAGGAUCCGAAUUCAAGAGCGCAUCAUGACGAGUUGAGUGUAAACGAUCCAGAUGAAUACUUUCAGGGCGAUGUGGAUUUAUCUGAGAAACAAGCCGAAAUUCUUGGUGACGUGUUACAAGAGACGAUCGGUCACUACAGCACUAGUAAAAAUAAAGAUAGUGACGAUGAUAAUAAUGUGAAGGAGAAUGAAGAUAGCUUUGAAUCGAAAACUAGAAAGAAACGAAAAGUUGGUCGUGAACCAUUGUACGUACGUUGGAGUACGCACAGACCAAUCAGUUACGAUUUCGCCGAUUCAAUUCCGCUCUCAACUCGACACAAGAUACGUGCUGCAAUCGCCUUAUGGGAGGAACGAACCUGUAUACGUUUUCAAGAGAAUGGUCCAAGUGUGGAUCGUAUUGAAUUCUUUGAUGGUGGCGGUUGCUCGAGCUUUGUCGGCAAAACUGGUGGAACUCAAGGGAUAUCAAUAGCAACGCCUGGUUGUGAUGUGGUUGGUAUAAUCUCGCAUGAGAUCGGUCAUGCGUUAGGAAUAUUUCAUGAGCAAGCGCGUCCCGAUCAAAAUGGUUACAUAUUUGUGAAUUAUAAUAAUAUACCGAUUGCUAGAUGGAAUAACUUUCACCCGGUUUCAAUUAAUCAAGCAAGCACUUUCAAUUUACCAUAUGAUACAGGCUCUGUGAUGCAUUAUGGAGCAUACGGCUUUGCGACUGAUCCGUACAUACCCACGAUAACAACACGUGAUAAAUUCCAGCAAUACACUAUUGGCCAGCGUCAAGGACCGUCUUUCUUGGAUUUUGCAGCCAUAAAUAUUGCAUAUCAUUGCACUGACCGAUGUCCAUAUAUGUAUUGUGAGCAUGACGGUUACCCAAAUCCGAAUGAUUGCUCUGAAUGUCUUUGUCCUGAUGGUUUUGCUGGACGCAUUUGUCAAUUUGUACAGUAUACUCCCUGUGGAGCACUUAUCAUGGCUUCAAAGAACGCAGUCUUCAUAGCAAGUCCAAAUUAUCCUAAUCAACAUCCGUCCGAAUCGCACUGUAUAUGGCUUCUAAAAGCACCAAUUGGUCAUAAAGUAAUGUUGAAAUUCGUCGAAACCUUCCAAAUGUUAUGUGAAGACACAUGUGAUAAAACCUAUGUGGAACUGAAAAACAACGGUGAUUUUCGUGUUACUGGCUAUCGGUUUUGUUGCUCAAAGAAACCAGAUCAAAUUUUCGAAUCAACCACUAACGAGAUGGUCGUUAUAUUUCGUAGCCGAAUUUAUAGCGGUAUUGGAUUUAAAGCAAAAGUUUGGUCAGAUGCUGAAGAUAAUUCUUCAGUUGAGGUGAAGUCGACGAAGCCCACGGAUUCACCACCAAAAAUGAUCACUAUUAGUGCCAGGAUGACAACACCAACUGAAUCGCCUCCAGAAUUUACAACCGAAAAUGCAGGAAGGAGAAUAGCAACGUUCAUUGUUGGACCAUCAAUAACAGCACCUCCCUCGCUGAUUUCAAGCCCGAGUCCAUCCACUGGUUCCCUCCUGACCCCUGUAAGUCCCUCCACAAUUCGUCUGACCCCCACAACCCCCGUAAUGCCAACUACCAUCGAAGAAAAACUGUCAGGAGCAUCUUCAUCAACGCCGUCAAUACUCGAAAAGAUUUCCUCCACAACAACAGAAACAGUUCCAACGACGCCAACACUAACUUCUACGCCAUUUGUACAAGUCGGUGGCGUUACAUCAGAAUCAACUAUGAAGAAUGAGUGCAACUGUGGUCAGUGGUCAGAGUGGAUGGGUGAAUGCAGUCAGGAAUGUGGAGGGUGUGGUAAACGGAUUCGAGAGCGCUUUUGUGCAAGCACGCAGGAGUGUCGAACACAGGAUAAACGUGCUUGUAAUUAUGGUGCAUGUCCACCAGGCACUAAUUUCCUCAUUAAUAACGGCGAAUUUCAUAUUCUGUGGAAGGGUUGUUGUGUGGGUUUAUUCCGUUCCGGUGAAGAAUGCUCUGCACUCGAGGAUAGUCAGAAUCCAUUUUUACGUAUUAUUUCAUCGUUGUUAUCUUCCGAAGAUGCGAAAGCACCAAAACCAAAGCAACAACAACAACAAGGACUGAAUCGCGAAAAAUAA